AUGGAGUUCGCUUCGGGGAGAUCUGUUCUUGGAGGUGGUGGACUCAAGGAAGAGAAGAGAAGUGAUGAGCAUAGUAUUGGUGAUGAUGAAGGUCGUCAUAAACAAGAGAAUAUUGUCGAGGAGGCGCCCAAGGCUAAUACCGAAAGAUCCAUGCUGGAGGCUGGACCAAGCACAUCCUCAGCCAAAAAGGAAGAGGUGGAUGAUCAGCUUGAGACUACUAAAGCCGAAAUGGGUGAAGUGAGAGAAGAAAAUCAACGGUUAAAGAUACGUUUGAACAAAAUGAUGAAUGAAUACCGGACACUAGAAAUGCAAUUUCAUGAUAUAGUUAAGCAAGGAACAAAAAAGAGUGCUAAGAAAGGAAAUGAUAACCAUCAAGAAAUUAUAGAGGAAUCAGAUCUUGUUUUCCUCAGUCUUGGAAGAGCUCCGAGUAAUCCAAGAAAUGAUGAGAAAGUUAUUAAAGUCUCUAAACCUUGGAAGGAUGAAGAGUUUAAUGAAAACUUGACUCUUGGACUAGACUUCAAAUUUGAAACAUCAAAAUCAGGAAGCACAACUGAAGCUUUGCCAAAUCCAAGCCCAGCCAAUAGUUCUGAAGUACGAAAAGAAGAAGCUGGAGAAACUUGGUCACAUACUAAGGCACUCAAGACUCUGAGAGAUACAGAGGAUGAAGUUUCUCAGCAAAAUCCUUCAAAGAAAGCUAGAGUUUGCGUGAGAGCAAGAUGUGACACCCCAACAAUGAAUGAUGGAUGCCAAUGGAGGAAAUAUGGACAAAAGAUUGCAAAGGGAAAUCCUUGCCCUCGGGCUUACUAUCGUUGCACAGUUGCACCAUCAUGCCCAGUAAGAAAACAGGUGCAAAGAUGUGUUGAGGACAUGUCAAUUUUAAUCACUACCUAUGAAGGGACCCACAACCACCCUCUUUCUCUUUCAGCUACUGCAAUGGCUUCCACAACUUCUGCAGCUGCUUCCAUGCUAUUAUCUGGUUCAUCAAGCUCUCACUCUGGCACAAUGCCUUCAACAACCACAACCAACAAUGCUGCUAAUCUCUAUGGCCUGAAUUUCUAUUUACCAGAUGGUUCCAAAUCAAAGCAGUUAUUCCUGUCUAACCCUGCACUAUCAUCUUCACCUUCACAUCCAACCAUCACUCUUGACCUCACUUCAAACCCAAGCUCUUCCUCAUCUCCCUUUGUUAGAUUUACUUCAAACUACAACCAACCUAGAUACCCUUCAUCCACAAGCCUAAACUUCAGUGCUUCCUCAGAAUCCUCCAAUGCAAUGUCUUGGAGCAAUGGGUUCCUCAACUACGGUACUCGACCAUAUAACAAUAAUAGGAACAUUCUUAGCAAUGUAAACUUUGGAAGACAACCAAUGGAAAAUAUCUACCAAUCCUAUAUGCAAAAGAACAACAACUCAAUCCCUCCUCAAAGUGCUCAAAAUGCUCAACCAGAUAAUAUAUCUGCAGCAACGAAAGCAAUCACAGAAGACCCUACUUUUCAAUCAGCUUUGGCAGCAGCACUUACUUCAUUUAUUGGAGCAGGAACUGAUAUUGGAAGCAUCCAAGGAAAUCAAGGUGUUGGAGAAAACUUGGGUCAGAAAAUGAAAUGGGCAGAGCUGUUUUCAGCGUCUAAUACUUUGCCUUCAACUUCGAAAGUCAAUGGUUGUGCAUCGAGCUUCUUGAACAAAACAUCCACGAAUACACAAACGGGAAGUUUAACAUUGCUACCACCGUCUUUGCCAUUUUCUUCUCCCUCCAAAAGUGCAUCUGCAUCUCCUGGUGAUAAUAGCGAUAACACCAAAUAAUCGGUUGUAUUUGUCUUUUUAGAUUGCAUUGAUGUAAUUGAGAGAGAUGCUGAGAAAAUUUUAGCAUAUAGUCAUAUUUGAACAUUGUUGAACAUAUAUG